UAUAUUCUUUGUGAACUAUGUAGUUCAACUACAUACCUAUUACCGAUUUAGACGCAGCCGUAGUAACUAGUGCGCCCAAUAAUAAAAGUAAACAUGUGACACUUUCUUCGCACCCGGGACUAGCACGGCGCCGCUAACAAUGUAAAUUAUAUCUCUUCCGAGUCCCGCCUUCGCCCGCUGCUCCACAUUCCGAGCACCGCUACAAAUUAACGUCAUUUACUGCCACCGACGAAUUUCAGACACACUGUAUUCGGCACCCGCUAGCUUCAGGCUUCAUUCCCCAGUCGGAGCUCGGGUUGAGCACUCGGUGUACCGAGAAAAAUAAAUGUGGUAGAUAGUUGUAAACCACAAAAUGGAUAAGUUAUACUUAGCUGUAGUGGUGUGUUUGCUAGUCGAGUCGGUGGAGAUGCUGAGUCUGCCGGGCCCGCUGGUGUACGUGGUGACCCCGCGGACGGUCAAGGAGCAGGCGCGCUCGUCCCCGUUCUACUACCACAACUGGAUGCGCCGGAUGGACUCCACAAACGACACCACGACCACGACCACCACCACCACGCAGCGGGUGAAGACUCCGGACCUGAUCUUCGCGGAGUUCGAGACUGGCAACGAGAUGGACAAGUCACUCAAGAAAUUAUUACAGAAGGAAAGAAUCCAAACGACGUCUACAACGACAACGAAACCAAUUUACGUUCCAGAGGAAGUGCCAGCCGCGUCUGAAGCGGGAGUGCAAACUUAUGGACUACCGACGAAGGAAGAGUCAAACAAGCCAGUGGAAAGUCACAGUGAUGACAUGGAGGACUAUUUCGCACAAUACAACAAUCUGUACAAUGCGCCAGCUCCAGUGUACUUGCCGUCGACCACCACGAGACGACCGAUUACCACCACCACUACUACUACCACUACCACUCCAGCCCCAACCCCGGCUCCAACUCUGGCUCCAAUGAACGUAGAAAAUAUAUGGCACGUGAUCGAUAAUGAAAAAUACGACCAGCAGUACUCCGGUAAAUGGGAGGAAGUUCCGAUAAACGACGAUUCUAGUAAGAAUGUGGACGAAAGCAACCAGAAGAAUAAAGAAGAGGCUGGACAAAUUGAGGAGAACUUUGCGCUACCCGGAUUUUCUACGAAUCCUGGAAAAGGAGCAGAAAAUGAAUCGAGAGCAAUAAGAACCGAGCCAAACUACCGGUUCCCGUACGUAAAUUUGAAGACAUUUCAAAUGAAAAACCCGAACCCACCGAACUCACUAUCCACUAGCAAAAAAGGGAACAAUAUGUUUUACAAUCUAGACAACUUCCAAGAUGUGAAGAACCCAGUCCGGGGAGAAGCGCAAGAGGUGGUGACGAGACAAGAUCCCAUAGACCGGUACAACCCCGCUCAACCUUACUUGCCCGUAUACGGAACGAAGUCAAAGCAGUCUAGCGCAGAGCAACCGAAGGCAACGAAAACUGUAGCGAGCCUCAUCCCCCCGCCGCCGCCGCCGCAGUCCAGCGACUCCCUGCUGCCGCCGCCAACCUAUGACUCCUUCCCUCCCUACGCUCCCCCACAGCCUUCAGCAUCACAGCCCCCAGCGGCUCCUCCCGUUGCCUCCAAGCCAGCUUCAGUAUACCAGCCGCCUCUAAACGCAGAUGCCUACGACUCUCCUCCGGCUGACGGCGAUGAUGACGACGGUCCGCCCGCCGUGAACCCGGGCUACCGGUACAACAAACCACCCUCUAUACCAAACUUUCUCCCAACUCUACCACCCCCACCAGCGAAGCCAUUUCCAGGAUAUUCCUACGACAAGCCACCUAUGGACACGGAUGACUCCCCACCGGAUACUCAGAGUUUCAAAGGAUACUCCUACGACCAGCCUCCCGCAGAUUCACCACCUCCUAUGGCAGACAAGCCGUCAUAUGGAGGGUAUCACGAUCACCCACCGAGCUACGGACCUGCUCCUCCAUCCUACUCGUCCCAUGAUUCUGACUACCCCGAACUUAUCUUCAACAAGCCCCACGGCGGGAAAGGCCCAAUGAAGGGCGGGGAUGACAUGAAAGGCAACGACAUGGGCAUGAUGCCGCCACCGCCCCCAGACGCCGGGGACGCGCCGGGUCCGCCGAGCCACGACGGCUUCCCACAGGAUUUCCCGGGAGACUUCAAGUACCACGACUUCGACCACGACCACGACCACUACCACUACCACCACCCGACCACCACAACAACCACCACCACCGAGACCCCUCGAGUCAACCGAUACAGUUACUACUACUUGGGGAAGAAGUUGUACUACUUACCGUUAUACUUUAGCGUCUAUUUCAUCGUAUACGUGGGUGCUCUCAUCAUCAAGGCGGUGCUUCGGCACAAGAUCGUGUACCCGAACAGCUGGCGGCCCAACGACACCACGUCCACGUUCUUUACGAAGCGCUCCGCGGACUGGGAGCCCUCCAGCGAGGCCCUGCAUGACGUCACGCGUCGCGUCACCCGCGCCCUCGCCGCCGCCGCCGAGAAAUACAUGAAAAACAAACAAGACUAGCGAAUUUAUCUAUCUCAUAGUCUAAUUAUAAGGAUUAAUUGUAAAUAUGUUUAAUUUUUUAUAUGUUAUGAACGGUGACUGUU